CUCAGAUGCAAUGGCCACAAUUGCUAUACGGGCGGAAUAGGUGGACAAUAUCUUUUCUGUUGUCUGCAAGAUGCAUACGACACGAGAGCCACGAACAAUGGGAAGGCUGGAUUCCUGUCUGCCGGAUGAUCCCUGUUGCCUCUCAGCUGAGUCAAGUCUCUCGAGGCGGGUAAUCCAUUCGGAUGCCUCAAAUCUUGUACGACAUCUGCGUUUGUUGAGCAACCUCGUAAUUUGGUCUCCACAACCCGUGACCAGCGGGCAUGCGUCUUGGGUAUAUGAAUCCCUUUCUGGUGCGAUUUCCUCUGUGCAUCUCCUUUGAACAUUUCGUCUAAGUUCAUCCACGCUCACAAUGACAUACACCUUCUUGAAUACACUACUUGGAGCAGCCUUAGUAGUCAAAUUUGUCCUGGGCUACAGUCUCAUCCACCAACCUAUUAUAUUCUUAUCCUCAACGAUACACAUACAACUAAUUCUUACUGCCUUGUGGGUUAUCUGGUUGGCACCCAUAGUAAGUCCGCUGCGGAAGUUCCCCCUUGCUCCUCAGGGACCAUGGUGGAAAACUUUCCUGCUCGAACCAGAGCCUGACGACCUGGAACGAUAUAUGAGGUCAACACCAAACGAUGGCCUUAUUCGCUAUUUCGGAGUCUUCCAUGACGAAAGACUCCUCAUCACCAAGCCUCAAGGAACGAAAGACAUGAUGCUUUUGCAGCCUUACAACUUCAAUAAACUUGCCAUUUCCAGGAAACUCAUUGGACAUCUCACGGGUCGAGGACUCGUAAUUGUGGACCAAGAAGAGCACAAGCGCCAACGAAAAGCUAUGGCUCCAGCUUUCAAGUUCAAGCAUAUUAAGAAUCUUUUCCCAAAGUUUUGGUUUCACGCGACUCGACUCGUCCAAGCUCUGGAAGACCAUAUUGAUAGGACAACUGAGGAAUCAGCCAUGGGUUGUCGUAUCGACGUGGACAACUGGCUGAUGCGCACUACACUCGAUGUCAUAGCCUCUGCUGGCUUUGGUGUAAAUGUCAAUGCAACCCAGGCUCCUGAUAAUGAGCUCGCAAGGCUAUUACCUUUGGCAAUGACGACAAGCUCACGGGCGACUUUUUACCGGCUAUUGGGCUCCCUGCUGCCCGAGUGGCUAUACUUCAGGCUGCCAAUGGAGAGAAAAUUUGAAAUAGACCGGAUGAAGAAGGCCCUACACAACGCCACAAUGCCACUCAUCGAGGCGAGAAAAGCCGCCUUCUCUCGCCGGGAAACCCUUGAUCCAGAAGCUGGGGAAGACAAAAAUACCGGAGAUUUUGCGGACACAGAUGUCAUCGCAACCCUGCUCCGGUUUCCACAUCCGCCUUCUGAUGAGGAGCUGUUGGCUCAGUCGGCAACUAUCAUGGUUGCUGGUCAAGACACUACGUCCGUUGCCACGACAUGGGCAUUGUAUCUUCUGGCGCAUCAUCCGAACGUUCAAGCGGCAUUGCGACACGAGGUGCAAACUCAUUUACCUAGUCCUGACUCCAAGACUGAGUCGGUGGAUGCGCCACUCGUCGAGUCACUUCCAUUCUUGGCAGCAGUGUGCAGUGAGACGCUGCGUCUGUUCCCUCCAGCGCCAAUCCUCAGGAGACAAGUGGCAAAGCCUGGAACGACCCUUCUAGGCGAACAUCUACCUGUUGGGACACAAGUUGCCACAAGCAUCUGGGGAACUCAUCACUCCGAGAGCAUUUGGGGGCUGGAUGCGGAUCAAUUCAAACCUGAGCGAUUCCUCCGGCAAGCAGAAAAUGGCAAGUUGAAGUUUGAUCCUCACGGUGGUCUCGAGGGUGAAGCAGCCACGUACUCCUUUGUUCCCUUUGGAGCCGGUGUCCGAAGCUGCAUUGGCGAAAGAUUUGCAAGAGGGGAGUUCGCAAUACUCUUGGCUGUUCUAGUCGGCAAGUUUGACUGGACACUGACCAACCCAAAAGCAAAGAUGGGAGACGACGUUGUGCUCAACUUCAGCCUUAUCAUCAAGCCACAAGGAGGAUUGUCGCUGAUGGCAAGGAAGAUUGAGGGUUGGUAAGAUACUCGAAGCAGGAUCGCUGGAUAAUGGUUUGUUCAUGAGCUUGACUAGCUCCGUGAGAAAUGCCUUCUUUGUCAAUGUCUUUGUCAGGCUACCUCUGCCCAGCAGAUGUACCGAAGGCCAUCUCCGUCUGGUGCCACAAGCCAAUAUGCAGUCUGCAAGUUGGAAACAUACACUUUUGACAAGAGCCAGCGGAAACACAACCGCCUCAGAGUGGUGUCUGACCCACGUGACUGAAGGGCUAUUUACGAGCUUCCAUAUUGGAGAUAGCCUUGUCCCAUAUCUAUGGAGUCUCACCCAAUCGAUCAGAACCUAUCUUUCAGCCUCGCAGAUCACCGCGGAGCCGUUUCACGCUUGGUCUGUCGAGGGAUUCUUUGGCAAGGAUUAUCUACAGGCCAUAUGCAUGUCGUCAUCGGAUUUCGACGACAAACAGCAGAAUCUGUCGAAUAUCAUAGUCACAAUGUGGUCAUCAGCCAUGCAGGAUGCAUCGUCUGGCUUGCCCGGUCGACAGAGAUAAGAUACCCUGUCAACAGAGAUUUUCCUCCUUCUCUCAAUGGGUGUCCGACAAUAUUCUACGUACCAAGUCUCUGGGCGCGUCAC